AAGAUUAUAAUCAUGAUCCAAUAAAAGAACAAAAAGAAAAUAUUGAAAAAGAAACUCAAAAAGAAACUGAAGUUCAUAAUAUUAUUAAAUCAAUGAAUAAAUUGAAUAUUUCUGAUGAAAGAAUAAAAGAAUAUCAAAAUCUUAAUAUUAUUAUAAAAAUAGAAAGAUAUUUAAAUAAUAUUAAAAAAAUGGUUACUAUUAAAAAUUUUGGAAAUAAUUAUAUAACUCUUAAUAAUAAUAUUGAUAAAUUAUAUAAUAAUUUUUGUAUAAGCUUAGGAAUAAAUAUUAAUCAAAAAGAAAUUACUGAUAAAAAUAAUCAUA